CAGGCCACAGCAAGUCUGUCCCGGCAAGAAGCGCAGCACGCAGAGUGAUUGUGCACGUUGACUUGGACUGCUUUUAUGCACAAGUAGAAAUGAUCCGUAAUCCUGAAUUAAGAGACAAGCCUUUAGGUGUGCAACAGAAAUACCUCGUAGUUACCUGUAACUAUGAAGCCAGAAAACUUGGAGUUAAGAAACUGAUGUCUGUCAAGGAUGCCAGAGAGAAGUGUCCCCAGCUGGUACUGGUUAAUGGAGAAGAUCUAACUCCAUACAGGGAAAUGUCCUACAAGGUUACAGAGUUGUUGGGGGAGUUUUGUCCGCUGGUGGAAAGGCUUGGGUUUGAUGAAAAUUUUGUGGAUGUCACUGAGAUCAUAGAGAAAAGACUCAACCAGCUACAGCAAAGUGGGUGUUCCAGAGUCUGUGUGUCCGGCCACGUGUACAACAACCAAGCCAUCAAUUUGCACGAUACGACGCACGUCAGACUAGUUAUUGGAUCUCAGAUUGCAGAAGAGUUCAGGGAAGCCAUACACGCGAGGCUGGGUCUCACAGGCUGCGCAGGAGUGGCCUCAAACAAAUUACUGUCGAAACUCGUAUCUGGGACCUUUAAACCAAAUCAGCAAACGGUUCUUCUGCCUGAAAGCUGGCGAGAUCUAAUCGGCAGCCUUGAUCGCAUCCAAAAAGUGCCUGGCAUUGGCUACAAAACUACCAAACGUCUUGAAACGCUGGGUGUUAAGAACGUGUGUGAUCUCCAGGUGUUUCCAUCUGCUGUGUUAGAGAAGGAACUAGGUGUUUCUGUUGCUCACCGUAUCCAGAAACUCAGCUACGGCGAAGAUGACUCCCCUGUGACUCCGUCAGGCCCUCCUCAGUCCUUUAGUGAUGAAGACUCCUUUAAAAAGUGUUCCACAGAAGUAGAAGUUAAAGAGAAAAUUGAAGAACUGCUUCCUAACCUAUUAGACAGGAUACACAAAGACGGAAGACAACCGCACACUGUAAGACUGAGCAUACGCCAGUUCUCCUCAACCGAUAAAUGGUUUAAUCGGGAGAGUCGUCAGUGUCCUAUUCCGCCUCAUCUCAUCCAGAAAUUUGGAAAAGAAAGCAGCAACGUGAUACCCCCGUUGGUUGAUCUACUAAUGAAACUCUUUCGAAAGAUGAUAGAUGUAGAUCUACCAUUUCAUCUGACCCUCCUGAGCGUCUGCUUCUCCAACCUCAAAGAUCUUCCUAGCAGCAAGAAAGGAUCAAUUGGUUUCUAUCUAAAGCAGAUGUCACCACCAUCAGGCUCUGGUAAACGUGUCCGGGAAGAGGAAGGCGUCUCACAAGGUGAGGGAAGUGCUUCUUGGAACCAGAACUGCAACCGAACUGGAGCCACAAAAACUAGGAGACUCUCAGAGGAAAAGCAAAGCAGUAUAAAAAAAGCAGGAAUUCCAUGUCAUUUUGGUGACAUUGACCAGGACGUCUUCCGGGAACUUCCAGCAGAUAUUCAAAAAGAAAUUAUUUCUGCAAACCCCAGAGUGAUCCCUCCCGCGAGCGUUUCGGGCCAGCCAGUGGCGCGUUCUGCAGAGGAGGCACACCGCCCCUCCCCGAGCUCCAAGGGACUGAACAGCGACAGGGGCUCUGCCGGCUGCAGCGUACGUCUCGCGUCAGCUCCCGAACCUGCGGCUGUUCCGACACACGGCUCCGGGGCCAGUCGUUCUUCUGAGGGGCUCGGAAGCGCAUCACCAAGCAGCAGCAUGGAAAAACAAGCCCCUGACUCUCUGAACUUCAGAGGGAGAGAUCUGUCGUCUGCAGAAGCUGGAGGCAGCCGAGCUGUUGUGCAUGUGGCUGUCAUGGAUGAAGAUAAGCGGGGCUCUGAACCAGCUCCUGAGGACGAGCCCUGCACCAGGCAAGCAGGAAUCGUGUUGCCUCCUAAUGUUGACGCAGAGACUUUUUACGAACUACCUGCAGAUGUGCAGAAGGAACUCUUAGCUGAAUGGAGGAGGCAGGAGCCUGUGUCCCAAACGUCUACGGAUAAACCCCCUGAAAAGCCUAAAACAAAUAAAGGAAGGAGGAGUACAGCUCCAUGUUUAUCAGAGUCUAACAGUUUGCUCAGAUAUUUUAAACCGCAGUGA